AUGCAGAACGAACAGCUAAACGAAUUUACUCCAGCAGAGCAUAUUCAUCAGAUUCGCUCAUAUUUCGAUAUCAUAGACAAUGCAGUUCAAAUUGGUGACACUAAUAGAAAAUAUUCUGACGCAAAGAUUCCAUCACAACCUGGAACUGCUAAAGAUAACACAUGGGUAACAUUCAAUCUCUCACCUCCUGGUGAAAAUAUGUUGGACCUUUACAAUACAUUCAUUACGUAUAAAAUGGAAGGUCAAUUUAUUGUAGAUAAAGAAAUUGGUUCAGGUUCCAAUAAAACAAACCCACCAGGAUUUUGGAUUGGUUUCGAUGACGCUUUCUAUGCAGUUGCUGGAUAUCAAAUCCUUGCAAAUGGUCGUAUCGUAUAUUCUCAAGACAACGCAAGAGAAGAAGCAUAUAUAACUUCAAACUCACAAACUACCGAACAAAUAAAGAAAGUAGAUGUUUUCUCAAAGACUCGACAUGAAGAUGUAUGGAGUCAUUCGGGAACAUGCAGAACAGGACAAAUUGUUAGUGGUCCAAUUACAGCAGGAAAAUCAUUUGAUUUUAAGCUUCGUUUAAGAAUUCCUGUUAGAAGAUUCCUUCCAUUAGAAGCUAUUCGAUUUAUUCCAGCUUUUGCAGGAAACAUUCAGCUUAAAGUAAAGUUCAGUAGCGACGCCUUACAAUGCACAUCUAUAUCUGUAAAUGAUAUCAUUGCUUUCAAUCCAACUCUUAAAGUUGCAUUUGCUUCAGAUUCAAAUCCACCGACAAAUAAAUUUGUUCCAUGGAAUGAACCAUUCACUAUGAUAACGAAGGCAGUAGAAGCUAGUGGAACAGUUACUAUUACAACUGUAACCCAGCAACUAUUUCGAACAAAGAUGGAUUUUAAUGAAUGUUUCAUUCAUCCAAAGUCAUUCUCUUUAGACCCUAA